UGUCAGUUGAGGCCUGUGAGGGAGCGGGCGGAGGCUGCAGCCUGAGGCGGCCGCCGGCUCUCACACACCGCCGCGGCGGCGGAGACGACUAUGAGCGAGGAGCCGGCCAGGGUGGCAGCGGCGGGAGAGAGGAGAGCCAGGCCCUCGCGGUGUCGGUGUUGAAGACACAAAUACUCAAUGAUGGCUUGAAUUUGUUUACCAUGACUCCAAGCAGAGGCACCUGGAACUGAGAAUUGGCAGCUUUCCCACUAAUGGCCAAGGCUAGAGAUCAGCUGGUCUGCUGAAGCCAUGGGGAGCUGCUGGAGCUGUCUGGAUAAAGACACGAUCACAGACAACCACCCAACCAAAUUCAAGGUGACAAACGUAGAUGAUGAUGGUAAUGAGCUGGGCUCUGGGAUCAUGGAACUGACCAACUCUGAGCUAAUUUUGCACACCAGAAAACGAGAUGCUGUGAGAUGGCCAUAUCUCUGCCUGCGGCGUUAUGGGUAUGACUCCAACCUCUUCUCAUUCGAAAGUGGAAGGAGGUGUCAGACUGGGCAAGGCAUUUUCGCCUUCAAGUGUGCACGUGCUGAGGAGAUCUUUAACCUUCUCCAAGAGAUCAUGCAGUGUAACAGUAUUAAUGUAGUUGAGGAGCCCAUGAUGAUAUCAAGAAACACUCAUCCAACAGAACUUGAUCUACCAAGGACACCUCAGACGCCAACCACCCCUGGAUUUGCUGUGCCAGGAUUUUCAAAUGGAUUCCCUUGUUAUCCACAAAUGGGUGAUGGCUCUUCUCACCCAUCAACUAGGCAUCCCUCUAUAGGAAGCACACGUCUCUCCUCAGUGGGCGAAGAUUCUACACAUCCUUUAAUUGUAGGUGGUGAUGAUCAGAUUCACACAUAUGUGAAUACAUCCAAUGUUGAUGAAGAGCGGAAGAAAAGACUUUGUGUUCAUGGUGUGACAGAGGCACGGUCAUCUGUCUCUGAAAUGAUGCGAAGCCAUGUAAAUCACUGUCCUGCAACGGAGGACAGAACUCCUCAAGUCCUCCUGCAGCCGGGGGAGGUCAAGUUUGUCUUAGGACCAACACCAGUUCAAAAACGAAUAAUGGAGCGUGAAAAAAUAGAGAGACAGAAAGAUCACAUAGAACAUGGUGGCGGUGGCUUGAAUUUUAUGGACCGAGAUAAUGUCCACGAUGGUGAUGAACACAGCAUGGCAUGUGGGUCCAACAAUAAAAUGACAUAUGAGAAUAUCAAUGGUUUCCUUGUGUCUGCUGGCACAGGGUUACGACGAGGACGGCUCAAGGUGGGUGGGGAUGGCCAGACCCUGAACAACUGUGCACCUAGGAAGACAGCCAUGCUGAACUAUGAAAAUCUGCCCUCUUUACCUCCUGUUUGGGAAAGUCAGACACAAAGGCGGGAGGAAGAGGACUUGAGUGACCCUGGAACCCCUCCACAAAAUGGAUACCACAAUAGUCUUGACCCACUACGGAAUUAUGUCAAUACUGAGAAUGUAACUAUUCAACCCGGUUUACAUAAAGUAGACUUUACCCGGAGGCGGGAUUGCACCCCAAAUGUCUUCAGCUUUGACUUUAAGCGUCCAUGCCCUGAACAAAGGCAAUUAAAUUAUAUCCAAGUGGAUCUGGAGGGUGGGAGUGACUCGGAUAACCCCCAGACUCCCAAAAUGCCCAGCACUCCUGUUCCGCCAACUCCAACACGUAGGACUGAAUUUUACGCUGUGAUAGACAUUAAAAAGACAGCUGCUAUGUCCAGUUUGCAAAAAGCACUACCAAGGGAUGAUGGGACAUCAAGGAAGACGAGGCACAACAGUACAGAUCUGCCAUUCUCUUCAUUUGUUGGGACCCACUGCUAGCCAUAAUUUGCCAUUAAAAUGAAUUCAUAGAAAAUAUUCUACUUCUGAAGUGUCAAAUAUGGUACAUUGUCUACAUUUUCUACUUUGAGCAAAACUUUGCCUUUUUUUUUAAAAGGGAUGGUCUCUGUUUAAAAGGUUCUAAAUACACAGGCAUUUCAGAAUGAUUUUAACUUGUUAUUACAU